UCAAUCCUUAUAUGUAUCCAUCUUUUAUAAACUAUUUCUCACACCUUCAACUGUACAAAUUAUCUCUCUUCUCCCUAUCACUGUCACUCUGACAAUUGUUUGCCCACAUUCAAGUAUGGUACAGGCAAAGAAGUUCAGAGGUGUCAGGCAACGCCAUUGGGGUUCUUGGGUUGCUGAAAUUCGUCAUCCUUUGCUGAAGAGGAGAGUGUGGCUAGGAACUUUUGAAACUGCGGAGGAAGCUGCCCGAGCUUAUGAUGAGGCUGCGGUUUUAAUGAGCGGACGUAACGCCAAAACAAAUUUCCCAGUGCAGGCUACUGAUGAAAAUAAAAAAGACAACUCUAAAUCUAAUAAUUCGGCUUUAUCGGCCGGAUCAUCAUCAUCAUCACUCUCUGCUAUACUUAGCGCCAAACUUCGGAAAAGCUGUAAAUCGCCUUCGCCGUCUCUCACUUGCCUCAGGCUUGAUACGGAGAGUUCCAACAUUGGGGUGUGGCAGAAACGGGCAGGAGCCCGGCCUGAUUCUAGCUGGGUCAUGACCGUUGAAUUUGGAAAAAAGAAGAUCAUUAAUGAUAACGAGCAGAUGAUUAUUCCAGACGAAAACGUAACUUCUUCAAGUACGUUUUCGUCUCAGGAGAAUUCAAUCGAGAUCGAAGAAGGCAAAGAAUGUGGUGUGAUGAAUGAAGAAGAACGAAUGGCGCUUCAAAUGAUUGAGGAACUCCUCAACAGGAAUUAAUUAAUCAUAGUACCAUUAAAUUUAUUAGGUAAAAU